AUGCGAGCUGGCGAAGGGUCAAGUGGUAAUUCUGAGUUUCAUAUACAAAACGAAGAUUUUCCUGCACUUCCGGGAGCAACGCAUCUUGAAUCUACUCAUAGUCAGUUGAAGAGUGGAAAUUCCGAUAACGUUGUACAAGACGCAAGGUACCUCGACAGGUCGAAUAUUGAAAAACUUGGCAUCAUAACAUCACCCGAUGGUUUGGUGAAAAACAUUCCGCCGACUAUGCUUGCUGAUCAAUUUGGUAUGGCAGGUCUCUUGACGUUCUUGCGGGCAAUUGAACUUGAUCCGCAAAUUGUUGGGCUUGCUCUUGGACAUGAUUUAACCAAUCUUGGACUUAACCUUAAUGCACCUGAAAGAAAUGUCUAUGCCACUUUCGCUGGUCCUUGGUCUGAUGUUUCUUGUAGAGUGCAAGAUAUGGAUACAAAGGUCACCUUUGAGCGUCAAUUUGAUCUCGCCGUACUUAGUUUUCUUUUUUUUAAUCAACUUCUUUCUCUUCAGGUACCGGAUGAAUACAUGACAAAUUUGUCGAUCCGGGAUAAACUACCCGGUAUAAAAUUGAAUAAGCUGUCAGAGGAUGUGUUGUUCUACCUCUUUUAUAAUUGCCCUGGUGAAAUUUAUCAAAUGGCAGCUGCUAAUGAAUUAUAUGGUAGGGAUUGGCGAUUCCAUAAAACUCAGUGCGUAUGGUUAACUAGGUCGCAAUAUGGAGUCGUGAAGGAACAAACGUCAGUGUUUGAAAGGGGUUCCUAUAAUGUGUUUGAUCCGACUCAGUGGCGAAAGGUUCGCAUUUUUUUAAAUCAAAGGGAAUAG